AUGAAGCUCAAACACCUCUUGUGCGCAGCUCGCACGCAAGAGGCUUCACCCUCACCCUCAUCUUCGCUCUCCUAUUCCUCAUCAACAUCCGACUCUGACUCUGACUCCGACGUCCCAUCGCCGCGAUGCUUCGACAGGCACGGAAAUCUCAUCUCCGCCGGAUCAUUCUGGCAGUACAACGACCCCCGCCGAUCAAUGCAAACACCCACCAUCUCGCUCCACCAUAAACACCGCCAAAGCAAAAGCCAACACUCAUCUCUGCAGUCCUUCAUCGAAGCGCAGCUCCGUGCUCACGCUCGUGAAACUGCCAUCAGAAUACUCAAAGCCAAAGCAAAACAGACAUUCUGGCAUCUGCAAGAUGAAGAAAGAGCAGUCAUUGCUCUGAAAGCUGAUUUCGUUGAGGCGGUAGGUGUGUUCAUGGAGGCUGUGCUCACUCCUCUUGGAGAGGAGUGGCCAGAGGAUCCGAGUCCGGUCUCGAUGGAUUGGGCGAUAGAGCAGGUGGAGAGGAAAUUGGUGUUGCAGGAGGAGGCUGACGCUGCGUACGUGGUGUGGAAGUCGAGGGAGAUGGGUGCGAGGAUGACGAGGAGCAAGAUGGAGGGUUUGAAGUGCGUAUUAAUUGAGUUCGGCGAGUGGAAGGGUGUUCAGGCGGAUAUUAGGAAGGGCGUUGUGGAUGAGAGCGAGAGUGAGGUGGAGGGUGCGGAAGGGGUAGAAGAAGAGCGGGAGGAUUGCAACGAGGAAGAUUGGUCGGAACGUGGGAGUAUGGACUUAGAGGAUAUGCCGCCGUUGGUGAGGAUUAAGGGGAAUCCAUUUUGUUCUUCCAUGGUAUGUGAGAGUAGACCGGCUCUUGCGAGGAGACAUGCCGCCGGUCCGUGGGCUGUAUCGUGGGAUAUGUGA